AUGGCAGAUUUAAUUACAGAUAAAGAUAUCAAGAACUUUGAAGAACAGUUGAAGGGUGUAAUUUUAGAUAGAGAUAGAUUGAGAUUGGUAAAGACCAUUGCCAACUCUUUUAGUUUCACCUCUGAGAAUGUAAAGAAAUUAGUUCAAAUUCAACAUUAUGGUGAACCAAAGAUUCAAACUGCAAUUCUUAUGUAUCCAAAUGUAACAGAUAAACAAAACUAUCAGAUUGUAAUCGAUCAAUUCUAUGAAGAAGAAAAGAAAAUGAUAAAGAAUCAAUUGAAUAUAAAUUUAUAG